GCUCUCGCGCGUUCCCGACGGGCCUCUCUCGUUCCGGCUCCCCCCCGGCCUCCGCCGCCGCCUCUCCCGCCUCUCGGGCGCGGGGCCCGGGCCGCCGUCGGCGGAGACCCCGCCCGCAGCCCCCCGGGAGCGACCGUCCGGCUCGCCGCGCCCUCCCUCAGCUCCACCCGCGGCGGUCCUCGCGGGGCCGGGCGGCAGGGCCGCGGGCCGCCCCGGGCAGAGCGGGCCGGCGCGGCGCGGCGCCCAUGGUGCCGCGGGGCCGGGAUGUCGCGAACGCUGAGGAAGAAGCGGCACUGGCUGAGCAAGGUGCAGGAGUGCGCCGUGGCCGGGGCCGGGUCCGAGGGCGACCUGGGCGCCGAGGUGCGCGGCGGUGCCGAGCGCGGCGAGUUCCCCUACCUCGGGCGGCUCCGCGAGGGGCCGGGCGCCGGCGCCUGCAGCGUGGUGUCGGGCAAGGCGCCCAGCCCGGGGGACGUGCUGCUGGAGGUGAACGGGACGCCGGUCAGCGGGCUCACGCUGCGCGACACGCGGGCUGUCAUCCGCCACUUCCGCGAGCCGGUGCGCCUGCGGACCGUGAAGCCAGGCAAAGUCAUUAAUAAAGAUUUGCGACAUUACCUCAGUCUUCAGUUUCAGAAAGGAUCAAUUGACCACAAAUUGCAACAAGUGAUCAGAGAUAACCUCUACUUGAGAACCAUUCCAUGCACUACAAGGGCCCCCAGGGAUGGGGAAGUCCCGGGGGUGGACUAUAAUUUCAUUUCUGUUGACCAGUUCAAAGCACUGGAGGAGAGUGGAGCGUUGUUAGAGAGUGGAACGUAUGAUGGAAACUUCUAUGGAACUCCCAAGCCUCCAGCAGAGCCCAGCCCUUUCCAGCCAGACCCUGUUGAUCAGGUUCUCUUUGAUAAUGACUUUGACACUGAAUCCCAAAGGAAACGAACUACAUCUGUCAGCAAGAUGGAAAGAAUGGACAGCUCUCUACCUGAAGAGGAAGAAGAUGAAGAUAAAGAAGCUGUUAAUGGCAGUGGAACCACAGAGAACAAAGAGAGACAUUCUGAGUCAUCAGACUGGAUGAAGACUGUUCCAAGUUACAACCAAACAAAUAGCUCCAUGGACUUUAGAAAUUAUAUGACUAGAGACGAGAACCUGGAGCCAUUGCCUCCAAACUGGGAGAUGGCCUACACAGACACAGGAAUGAUCUACUUCAUUGACCACAACACCAAAACAACCACCUGGCUGGAUCCUCGUCUCUGUAAGAAAGCCAAAGCCCCUGAAGACUGUGAAGAUGGAGAGCUUCCUUACGGUUGGGAGAAAAUAGAAGACCCUCAGUAUGGGACAUACUAUGUGGAUCACCUUAAUCAGAAAACCCAGUUUGAAAAUCCAGUGGAGGAAGCCAAAAGGAAAAAGCAGUUAGGACAGGCUGAAAUUGGGCCUUCAAAACCAGAUGUGGAAAAAUCACACUUUACUCGGGACCCAUCCCAACUUAAAGGUGUCUUAGUUCGAGCAUCACUGAAAAAAAGCACAAUGGGAUUUGGCUUUACCAUUAUUGGUGGAGACAGGCCUGAUGAGUUCCUCCAAGUGAAAAAUGUGCUGAAAGAAGGCCCUGCAGCUCAGGAUGGGAAGAUUGCACCAGGUGAUGUGAUUGUGGAUGUCAAUGGCAACUGUGUCUUGGGUCACACCCAUGCAGAGGUUGUCCAGAUGUUUCAGUUGGUGCCUGUCAACCAGUAUGUCAACCUCACUUUGUGUCGUGGUUAUCCACUCCCUGAUGACAGUGACGAUCCUGUGGUGGACAUCGUUGCUGCUACUCCUAUCAUCAAUGGACAAUCAUUAACAAAGGGAGAAGCUUGCGUGAAUGCUCAGGACUUGAAGCCAGGGGCAGUGGUUCUGGACCAGAAUGGAAAAUCAGGACAUGCAUUGAUGAGUGAUUGUCUAGAUGGUCCGUCAGAGCCAAGUGAACAGAGAGCAUCCAUGGCAUCCUCCAGCAGCUCCCAGCCAGAGCUAGUGACUAUCCCUUUGGUGAAGGGCCCUAAAGGCUUUGGCUUUGCGAUUGCUGACAGCCCUACUGGGCAGAAGGUUAAAAUGAUAUUGGACAGUCAGUGGUGUCAAGGACUUCAGAAAGGGGAUAUAAUUAAGGAAAUUUAUCAUCAGAAUGUGCAGAAUUUAACACAUCUCCAGGUGGUGGAGGUGCUAAAGCAGUUCCCAGUAGGUGCAGAUGUGCCUCUGCUUAUCUUAAGGGGAGGUCCUCCUUCACCAUCUAAAACUGCCAAAAUGAAAACAGAUAAAAAAGAAAUUUCAGGAAGUUUGGAGGCCAUAAAUGAGCCCAUUCCCCAGCCCAUGCCUUUUCCACCCAGCAUUAUCCGGUCAGGAUCUCCAAAAUUAGAUCCUUCUGAGGUCUACCUGAAAUCUAAGACUUUAUAUGAAGACAAACCACCAAACACCAAAGAUUUGGAUGUUUUUCUUCGGAAACAGGAAUCUGGGUUUGGCUUCAGGGUCCUGGGAGGAGACGGACCUGACCAGUCUAUAUAUAUUGGAGCCAUUAUUCCCCUGGGAGCAGCUGAGAAAGAUGGCCGGCUUCGUGCUGCUGAUGAACUGAUGUGCAUUGAUGGAAUUCCUGUCAAAGGGAAGUCACAUAAGCAGGUCUUAGACCUCAUGACCACCGCUGCUCGAAAUGGCCAUGUGCUACUGACUGUCAGAAGAAAGAUCUUUUAUGGAGAGAAACAGCCUGAGGAUGAUGUCUCCCAAGCCUUCAGUUCAUCACAGAAUGCAUCUCCCCAUCUGAGCCGAGCAGAACUCCCAACUAGGUCUGUUCCCCAGGAGGCCUACGAUGUUGUCUUACAACGAAAAGAAAAUGAAGGAUUUGGCUUUGUCAUCCUCACCUCUAAAAGCAAGCCACCUCCAGGAGUUAUUCCUCACAAAAUUGGCCGUGUCAUAGAAGGAAGCCCAGCUGACCGCUGUGGGGAACUGAGAGUUGGAGAUCACAUUUCUGCAGUGAAUGGGCAGUCCAUUGUGGAGCUCUCCCAUGACAGCAUUGUGCAGCUGAUCAAAGAUGCCGGGGUCACCGUCACACUGACCGUGGUCGUUGCAGAAGAGGAGCAUCAUGGCCCACCAUCAGGAACGAGCUCUGCCAGGCAAAGCCCAGCGCUGCAGCACAGGCCCGUGGGGCAGCCACAGGCCCGCCACACGCCUGGAGACAGAAUGGCCUUGGAAGGAGAAGGUGGGAAAGACGGGCCCACCUCCUUCAGACACUCACGGUCUGACCACAAACCCCUCGCCCAACCCGACACUGCUGUGAUCUCGGUCGUGGGCAGCCGGCACAAUCAGAGCCUGGGCUGCUGCCCCGUGGAGCUGGAGCGAGGCCCUCGGGGGUUUGGCUUUAGCCUCCGAGGCGGGAAGGAGUACAAUAUGGGCCUGUUCAUCCUCCGCCUGGCUGAGGACGGCCCUGCCACCAGAGACGGCAGGAUUCAUGUUGGCGACCAGAUUGUGGAAAUCAAUGGGGAACCCACACAAGGCAUUACGCACACGCGUGCCAUUGAGCUCAUUCAGGCUGGAGGAAAUAAAGUCCUUCUUCUCCUGAGACCAGGAUCUGGCCUAAUUCCUGACCAUGGUGACUGGGAUGUGAGUAACCCUCUAUCUCUCAGCGUGAUCUAUGAGGAGCAGCCUCCGCGUCCCCCGUCUCCACACGCUGUUCCCACAUGUGGAGAGUCUCCCAGGGGAGCACAGCUGUGUGGAGGAGCAGAACUGAAGGACGCUGGCCCCGAGAAGAAAAGCACUUCACACGAGCAUCAGCCAGAGCUAACACAUCAAUCUCCUCUCCAGAAAACUGUGACUAGGAGAGGUCCACACCACAGUGACAAGAAGCAUCUACUCAAGGUAGAAGAUGGUGUGACGCCAAGAGGCAGAUCUGCUAGUCCCCAAAAAUCAGCUAACCCAUGUUCAGAGGAACAUCUGGGGAAGACUCCCAGUCCUCAGAAAGGUGGCCCCAAGGGAAGAUCCAGUGAUGGAUCCCUUAGCCCUAGGAAAGGGGAAAGUAAAGGCCAGACAGGCACCAGGGCAGGUUCUGGACAAGGCCACGGCAGGAAAAGCAGGGGGCGCUCCUCCAGCCCAAAGAAGCACACGAUGGAAGGAGGCCAGGACCCAGCAAGUGCAGGCACCAAAUCCCUAGACAUGGGUGGAGCUGGUGACAGUGCAAAACAGCUCUCAGGGGGAAGAGAAAAAGCCAGUGUCACCAGGAAAGAUCUGAAGCAGAGUCUCCUGGGAAAAAAUAGGGCCAGGUCUCCCGAAAACAAAAGCAAGAAAAUAGAGGCAAAGUCUCUUCCAGCCACAAAAGCCUUGAGCACUGCGAGUGGGGCAGAGCCUGGAGAGGGGACAGACAGGAAGGCAGCCACUGGGGAAGCAAGUUCCAGUAGAGUGAAGCCAGGAGGAAGUGCCCAGGUGUCAGGAAAGCAGCUGACGCUGGGCCCUGCAGAGAGGACAGCCCUUGGUCAGGUAGACGCUCCCAGAAGGCAAGAGGCAGCAGCCGCUGACCAGGGCCAGGAGGGUGCACGGAAAAUUCCUAUAACCCCAGGGCCCUGGAAGGUGCCAGGCUCUAGCAAAGCCACCGGGGCUGCUAGUGGGACUGAGAAACGGCUGUGACCCAAGUUGCGUUCUCCUCUCACAUAAAAGCAUUUCCAAAAGCAAUUUUCCACAGUUCAGGAUGCCUAAGUACAUUGUAGUUUGAGCAUAGUUGGGCUGCACACAGGACCUUUGGCACGGUUCAGGGCCUCUGUCCCCAGCCAGCUGCAUCCGUGUCUGAACCAAUGGUGUGGUGACAAGGUGGCCGCUCGUGCUGUAUGUGUGCCAUGUCCCCUGCUGCCUGAGUCCACUCUGUCCCCAUCCAUGUAGCCCUGCAGUGAUGGGGUCGAGGUGCCUCAAUAGCAUUUUGCAUGUUUACAGGGAGAGUCCUCAGAGAAGAGGCAGGCAGUGAGCUCACCAUUAAGGAUGACAGUUGCCUCUUCUAACAGCUGUGGAUGGUACCCCAGUUUAAAAAUAGAACCCCAAAGCAUCACUAUUUUGAAGAAAAACAAUGUCCUGAGGCGUAUUAUGGCUUUCUUUUCGCUUGGAUGGAUAGGGUGUUUAAAAUAACGGUUGCAGCUGUUCCUUACAAAUGAAUGUGUCAGUGCAAGCCACGGUGGUGCCCGCGUGGCCCUACAUCUCAGCCUGCCCGCCACUGGAAGCCACAGGACGCAGCUUAGUGCUCACCCGUGUCUGGAUAAUUUGGCUGUCUCUACUACUAAAAACGGGAGCUUUACUACAUAUUUGAAGAGUUAAAAUAGGGCACAAACCGUGUGGGUGACAGUCAUGAAACCAGCCAGGCUACACAGCAGCUCCCUGGCUGAGGAGAAAGCCAGCCAUCUGGGGCAGCAUCUGUGCCUGGCCGGGCUGCAUCGACUUUUUAAACACGAGUGGGAGACAGAUGUCUACGCAUCUCCCACGCCUGCUCCGGUCCUUUCCCGUGGCUGUGCGGGAGGUGAGGAUGGUUCUAACCCGACAGUAGGGCCUGCUUCCUGCCCCUGCCGCAGCACGAGCUUCUCUGCACGCGGGCGCUGGCCAAGGGGAUUGGUUCUGUGCUGCUGUUCGGCACUCCGCCCAGGCCCUUCCCUCUGGCCGUCUGCCUGUGAACCCCACGUGGAACACCAGCCCUGUACCAGUACACGCAUCCCCAGCGAGGCUCCCUGGCACCCCACCUGCCGUACCUGCCGAAUACAGCAAAAUCAAGGGGCUUGAUAAAUGCCAACAUGAGCAGCCACAGGAGUGAUUUAUUUUUCCUAUAGUCCAGAACUAGUGACACAGACCCCAUUUUUCUUGUGAACUGUGACAUGACUUCGAUGUGGCUCUUUUCAGCGUGUCCUGGCACUGUACCGUGGGCACCGGCCCAGCUGUGGCACAAACAUGGAUGUCUUGGUGUAAAUGUUUAUAUAUGUACAGUACCUUUAUAUAUACAUAUAUAUAUAUACACACAUACACACACUGAAGUUCUGACUAGAGAAAGAUCUGUAAAUUGCUCGUUAUUUUUUAUAUAGAUAUUAAAAAUAAGUUGGUCGCCUCUA